CUAUAAUGAGCACCGGAGGCGGAUAGCCAGUGAAAGGGACACGUGCGAAGUUUGUCCCUAAUGUCCUGAAUUGGCCUUAUGAGGAAAGCCCGGUCAUCAGGAUGGCUGCACCUGAUCAAUACGGUCUACAAUGGAAAACAUUUUAACCCAUUAACAUUACUGCACUAGAUUCACAAUCUGGCAGUGUCACUCAAGAGCUAGCUAAUUUGGCUAAUCAUUAAAUUUGGCAGGGAAAUGCAGUAACGCAGAUUUCACGGAGACCAUCUGUGAUCCGGAACUGCUGCGUGUGUAGACGAUCACACAGGAUCACACGGGAUCACACAGGAUCACACAGAAUCACACGGGACCGGCGCAAAGUCCGCGGAGGAAACACACGGAGCCAAAACCUCGACUGACAGUUGACAUUGUUGACGGAUUGUGCUGAAGACAUGCCUGUGCUUGAGUGCUGAUCCACUAAUCAUGACAACCGAGGCGUCUGUCUCCUCCGCUGGUCGGUCUCAGAUUGCAGGAGGGAACACUGUGCAAAGGGACUACUACUACGUCCUCCGCUCCUUUAUAGCAGGAGGUGUAGCAGGAUGCUGUGCCAAGACCACUAUUGCACCUCUAGACAGAGUGAAAAUUUUACUACAAGCUCAUAAUCCUCAUUACAAACACUUGGGAGUGUUUGCUACACUCAGGGCUGUACCAAAAAAAGAGGGCUUCCUCGGGCUGUACAAAGGAAAUGGGGCCAUGAUGGUCAGGAUCUUUCCCUACGGGGCCAUUCAAUUUAUGGCCUUUGACAACUAUAAAAAGUUCCUUAGUACACAGCUUGGUAUAUCUGGGCAUGUUCAUCGGCUAAUGGCUGGGUCUAUGGCAGGAAUGACGGCAGUCAUUUGCACUUAUCCUCUUGAUGUUAUUCGUGCUCGUCUGGCGUUUCAGGUGACCGGGGAGCAUCGCUACACUGGCAUAGGAAACGCCUUCCAGACCAUCUACCUGAAGGAGGGGGGUAUCCCUGGGUUCUACCGUGGUUUAAUUCCAACCAUCAUUGGCAUGGCUCCCUAUGCAGGAUUUUCUUUUUUUACAUUUGGAACACUGAAGAGUCUGGGACUGGCUCAUUUCCCAGAGCUCCUGGGAAAGCCGUCACUGGACAAUCCUGAUGUCCUGGUUCUGAAGACACAUGUUAACCUGCUAUGUGGAGGAGUAGCAGGGGCCAUUGCUCAAACCAUAUCCUAUCCUCUGGAUGUUGCCCGGAGGAGAAUGCAGCUGGGAGCAGCCCUCCCUGAUGCCGACAAAUAUCUGUCCCUUACAAAGACCCUUAAGCACGUGUAUAAUCAGUACGGGAUUAAAAAGGGACUGUACCGUGGCCUGUCUCUCAACUACAUCCGCUGUGUACCAUCGCAAGCCGUUGCCUUCACCACUUAUGAGUUUAUGAAGCAAGUCCUGCACUUGAACUAGAGCAGGUAUCCUCACUUCCACACCAGGAACAAAAUUGUUGUCCACACAGCUUCUGGGAGUGUUGUAGGAGCACUGCUCACCAUGUUCACAUGUGGAUCAGGGGAACACCAUUUAACACAGAUCACUGGAAAUUAUCUGCUAAUGUCACAGUGGUUGCACUGAACAAUCCACCUUAACCAUUCAGAUUGUAUUAUGUCUUGUGUGAGGAAACUAGUGACACAAUCAUAUAUUUUUCCUGGCUGCUCUGUACAUUUAAUACUGAUUAUAUGUCGGUAUGUGAAAGCUAUAAUCUACCACGAGCAUGACUGAAAGGGAACUGUGAUUGUCUUGUCAACACAGAGUUAGUACUUUAUUUUUCAUUAGCAUACACUGCAUUAAAUAGUGGCAUACACUCUCCAUCCACUUUAAUAGGAACAUCUGUACAUCUGCUCAUUUAUGCAGUUAUCCAAUCAGCCAAGAUAACCUGGCAGCAUCACAAUGUAUAAAAUCAUGCAGAUACAGGUCAAGAGCUUCAGUUAUUGUUCAUAUCAAACAUCAGAAUGGGGAAAAAGUGUGAUCUUUGUGAUGGGUCACAUAAGUCUUAGGCCAGAUGAUUACUUUCUGAGAGCCUCUGAUAGUAGAUUCCCCUUUUCUAUUAAAGUGUGAUAAAUUAAGAUUGUCCAUGCAUAUUUGAGAGAUUCGUUUUAAUGUUAUUAUUUUAUUUAAGUAAAACAUAUGUUUUAGCAUCCUGUUCAAUGCUUUGCUUUUUUUUUUUUUUUUUUUUUUGCAUCCACUUGAUGGCAGUCUUAAGCUGAAACAGCUAUCUAACAGCGAAUUAUCUGUACACGAUUCAGUUAUCAUUUUUUAUCAUUAAGACGAUUUUAAAUGUUUUUUUUUUUUUUAUUAAUGUUUUUUAUGUGAUAAACAUGCCUUUACCUACAGGUGCUGCUCUGUCUGAUGGAACGAAAGAUGAAAGACUGUUUAAUCUUGGUUAAAAAGAAAGUUUAACUAGCUUUCACAGCUUGUGUAUAUAGAGUAAAUUGAACAUUCAUCGUUAAUAUGCUUAUAUUUAUAAUUUCAUAAAUUAGCAUAAACGUCCCACGUUUCAUUUAUUGUAUUAGAUGUCCAUGAAUGAAAUCAUUAUAAUGUGCUCAGAAGAAUUGCUCUGAGAAAUGUUUGUCUUGUUACCGUUGCACUUGUAUUGUGAGACUGAUAGGAGAUUUAAUGUUAUUAAUCAUGUGAUCAUGAGGGAAUUUACCUGUAUAAGAUUAAAAUAUGAAAUUAAAGAUUUGGAAUUUCACAUCAGGCAAAUAUUGAUCAGUGAAAAUUAUAAUUUAAUGGUUGUUGAUGCAGUGGUUAUUAAAUGUACAUUUCUAUUUCUGCAAAGCAUCAUUUGGUCUGGAUAUGGUCUAUGUGUCAAGUAUACCAAUAAAAUGUACUCUUUUCUGUAGAA